AUGUCCUGGUCUCCCCCCUCCCCCUCCCUCACCUCUCCCCAUGUCCUGGUCUCCCCCCUCCCCCUCCCUCACCUCUCCCCAUGUCCUGGUCUCCCCCCUCCCCCUCCCUCACCUCUCCCCAUGUCCUGGUCUCCCCCCUCCCCCUCCCUCACCUCUCCCCAUGUCCUGGUCUCCCCCCUCCCCCUCCCUCACCUCUCCCCAUGUCCUGGUCUCCCCCCUCCCCCUCCCUCACCUCUCCCCAUGUCCUGGUCUCCCCCCUCCCCCUCCCUCACCUCUCCCCAUGUCCUGGUCUCCUCCCUCCCCCUCCCUCACCUCUCCCCAUGUCCUGGUCUCCCCCCUCCCCCUCCCUCGCCUCUCCCCAUGUCCUGGUCUCCUCUCUCCCCCUCCCUCACCUCUCCCCAUGUCCUGGUCUCCUCUCUCCCCCUCCCUCACCUCUCCCCAUGUCCUGGUCUCCCCCCUCCCCCUCCCUCGCCUCUCCCCAUGUCCUGGUCUCCCCCCUCCCCCUCCCUCACCUCUCCCCAUGUCCUGGUCUCCCCCCUCCCCCUCCCUCACCUCUCCCCAUGUCCUGGUCUCCCCCCUCCCCCUCCCUCACCUCUCCCCAUGUCCUGGUCUCCCCCCUCCCCCUCCCUCACCUCUCUCCCCAUGUCCUGGUCUCCCCCCUCCCCCUCCCUCACCUCUCCCCAUGUCCUGGUCUCCUCCCUCCCCCUCCCUCACCUCUCCCCAUGUCCUGGUCUCCCCCCUCCCCCUCCCUCACCUCUCCCCAUGUCCUGGUCUCCUCCCUCCCCCUCCCUCACCUCUCCCCAUGUCCUGGUCUCCCCCCUCCCCCUCCCUCACCUCUCCCCAUGUCCUGGUCUCCUCCCUCCCCCUCCCUCACCUCUCCCCAUGUCCUGGUCUCCUCCCUCCCCCUCCCUCACCUCUCCCCAUGUCCUGGUCUCCCCCCUCCCCCUCCCUCACCUCUCCCCAUGUCCUGGUCUCCCCCCUCCCCCUCCCUCACCUCUCCCCAUGUCCUGGUCUCCCCCCUCCCCCUCCCUCACCUCUCCCCAUGUCCUGGUCUCCCCCCUCCCCCUCCCUCACCUCUCCUCAUGUCCUGGUCUCCUCCCUCCCCCUCCCUCACCUCUCCCCAUGUCCUGGUCUCCUCCCUCCCCCUCCCUCACCUCUCCCCAUGUCCUGGUCUCCUCCCUCCCCCUCCCUCACCUCUCCCCAUGUCCUGGUCUCCUCUCUCCCCCUCCCUCACCUCUCCCCAUGUCCUGGUCUCCCCCCUCCCCCUCCCUCACCUCUCCCCAUGUCCUGGUCUCCUCCCUCCCCCUCCCUCACCUCUCCCCAUGUCCUGGUCUCCCCCCUCCCCCUCCCUCACCUCUCCCCAUGUCCUGGUCUCCUCCCUCCCCCUCCCUCACCUCUCCCCAUGUCCUGGUCUCCCCCCUCCCCCUCCCUCACCUCUCCCCAUGUCCUGGUCUCCCCCCUCCCCCUCCCUCACCUCUCCCCAUGUCCUGGUCUCCCCCCUCCCCCUCCCUCACCUCUCCCCAUGUCCUGGUCUCCUCCCUCCCCCUCCCUCACCUCUCCCCAUGUCCUGGUCUCCUCCCUCCCCCUCCCUCACCUCUCCCCAUGUCCUGGUCUCCCCCCUCCCCCUCCCUCACCUCUCCUCAUGUCCUGGUCUCCCCCCCUCCCCCUCCCUCACCUCUCCCCAUGUCCUGGUCUCCCCCCUCCCCCUCCCUCACCUCUCCCCAUGUCCUGGUCUCCUCCCUCCCCCUCCCUCACCUCUCCCCAUGUCCUGGUCUCCCCCCUCCCCCUCCCUCACCUCUCCCCAUGUCCUGGUCUCCCCCCUCCCCCUCCCUCACCUCUCCCCAUGUCCUGGUCUCCUCCCUCCCCCUCCCUCACCUCUCCCCAUGUCCUGGUCUCCCCCCUCCCCCUCCCUCACCUCUCCCCAUGUCCUGGUCUCCCCCCUCCCCUCCCUCACCUCUCCCCAUGUCCUGGUCUCCUCCCUCCCCCUCCCUCACCUCUCCCCAUGUCCUGGUCUCCUCUCUCCCCCUCCCUCACCUCUCCCCAUGUCCUGGUCUCCCCCCUCCCCCUCCCUCGCCUCUCCCCAUGUCCUGGUCUCCCCCCUCCCCCUCCCUCACCUCUCCCCAUGUCCUGGUCUCCUCCCUCCCCCUCCCUCACCUCUCCCCAUGUCCUGGUCUCCUCCCUCCCCCUCCCUCACCUCUCCCCAUGUCCUGGUCUCCCCCCUCCCCCUCCCUCACCUCUCCCCAUGUCCUGGUCUCCUCCCUCCCCCUCCCUCACCUCUCCCCAUGUCCUGGUCUCCUCUGGCCCCGGUCCCACCCCCCCACACCUCUCCCCAUGUCGUGGUCUCCUCCCUCCCCCUCCCUCACCUCUCCCCAUGUCCUGGUCUCCUCUGGCCCCGGUCCCACCCCCCCCCACACCUCUCCCCAUGUCCUGGUCUCCCCCCUCCCCCUCCCUCACCUCUCCCCAUGUCCUGGUCUCCUCCCUCCCCCUCCCUCCCUCACCUCUCCCCAUGUCCUGGUCUCCCCCCUCCCCCUCCCUCACCUCUCCCCAUGUCCUGGUCUCCUCCCUCCCCCUCCCUCACCUCUCCCCAUGUCCUGGUCUCCUCUGGCCCCGGUCCCACCCCCCCACACCUCUCCCCAUGUCGUGGUCUCCUCUGGCCCCGGUCCCACCCCCCCACACCUCUCCCCAUGUCAGGGGCCGGUGCCAGUCACGUCUCCUCUCGCCGUCUCUUCUCGCCGUCUCUUCUCUCGACGUCUCCUCUCGCCGUCUCCUCUCGCCGUCUCCUCUCGCCGUCUCCUCUCGCCGUCUCCUCUCGCUGUCUCCUCUCGCCGUCUCCUCUCGCCGUCUCCUCUCGCCGUCUCCUCUCGCCGUCUCUUCUCUCGCCGUCUCCUCUCGCCGUCUCCUCUCUUGCUGUCUCUCCUCUCGCCGUCUCCUCUCGCCGCCUCCUCUCUCGCCGUUUCUUCUCUCGCCGUCUCCUCUCGCCGUCUCCUCUCGCCGUCUCCUCUCGCCGUCUCCUCUCUCACCGUCCCCUCUCUCGCCGUCUCCUCUCGCCGUCUCCUCUCGCCGUCUCCUCUCUCGCCAUUGUCUCUCUCGCACACCGCUGUAAGGUCACCGUGCUACAGCCGCUCUGAUCCCUCCAUUACCGCAGCCGUUGGCAGAUUACACGCCUGGACCCGCGGCUCCACCACAAAGUCCUUCUUCAUCCAAACUAUGAUUAAUGCCUGCGGCGCGGACAGCUUGUUUGUUUCCACGCCUUCUCUCCCAGCCUCCCUACACCUCCUUUACACCUCCUCUACACCUCCUCCACACCUCCUCUACCCCUCCUGUACACACCUCCUCUACACACCUCCUCUACAGCCUCCUCUACACUUUCUCUACACCUCCUCUACAGCCUCCUCUACACCUUCUCUACACCUCGUCUACACCUCCUCUACAGCCUCCUCUACACCUCCUUUACACCUCCUCUACACCUCGUCUACCCCUCCUCUACAGCCUCCUACACCUCCUUUACACCUCCUCUACAGCCUCCUACACCUCCUUUACAGCCUCCUACACCUCCUUUACACCUCCUUUACACCUCCUCUACAUCUCCUCUACACCUCCUCUACACCUCGUCUACCCCUCCUCUACAUCUCCUCUACACCUCCUCUACAUCUCCUCUACACCUCCUCUACACCUCCUCUACAUCUCCUCUACAGCCUCCUACACCUCCUUUACACCUCCUCUACAGCCUCCUACACCUCCUUUACACCUCCUCUACACCUCGUCUACACCUCCUUUACAGCCUCCUACACCUCCUUUACACCUCCUCUACACCUCGUCUACCCCUCCUCUACAUCUCCGCUACACCUCCUCUACAUCUCCUCUACACCUCCUCUACACCUCCUCUACAUCUCCUCUACAGCCUCCUACACCUCCUUUACACCUCCUCUACACCUCCUUUACACCUCCUCUACACCUCGUCUACACCUCCUCUACAGCCUCCUACACCUCCUUUACACCUCCUCUACACCUCGUCUACACCUUCUUUACAGCCUCCUACACCUCCUUUACACCUCCUCUACACCUCGUCUACCCCUCCUCUACAGCCUCCUACACCUCCUUUACACCUCCUCUACAGCCUCCUACACCUCCUUUACAGCCUCCUACACCUCCUUUACACCUCCUCUACAGCCUCCUACACCUCCUUUACAGCCUCCUACACCUCCUUUACACCUCCUUUACACCUCCUCUACAUCUCCUCUACACCUCCUCUACACCUCGUCUACCCCUCCUCUACAUCUCCUCUACACCUCCUCUACAUCUCCUCUACACCUCCUCUACACCUCCUCUACAUCUCCUCUACACCUCCUCUUCAUCUCCUCUACACCUCCUCUUCAUCUCCUCUACACCUCCUCUACAUCUCCUCUACACCUCCUCUACACCUCGUCUACCCCUCCUUUACACCUCCUCUACAUCUCCUCUACACCUCCUCUACACCUCGUCUACCCCUCCUCUACAUCUCCUCUACACCUCCUCUACAUCUCCUCUACACCUCCUCUUCAUCUCCUCUACACCUCCUCUACACCUCCUCUACAUCUCCUCUACACCUCCUCUCUGGAUAAUUCCCGUCUGCUUUUACACAUCUCUCUCCAGUAA